UCGCGGACGAGUAGCCGUUACUCGCAGUUGGGUGGCGGCGGCGGCGGCGGCGGCAGCGGCAGCGGCAGGAGCGGCGGCGGCGGCGGCGUAGCGCUCAGCGCUCACAGCGCCUUAGCAGCGGCAGCAGCAGCAACAGCAGUAGCAGAGGCACCCCUGCGGUCACAGCCCCGGCGCAGGUGCAGCCACCCUUGUUCUCUCUGCUCUUCCUCCCUUCGCUCGCACCAUGGCUGAUCAGCUCACCGAAGAACAGAUUGCUGAAUUCAAGGAAGCUUUCUCCCUAUUUGACAAAGAUGGCGAUGGCACCAUCACAACAAAGGAACUUGGAACUGUCAUGAGGUCACUGGGUCAGAACCCAACAGAAGCCGAAUUGCAGGAUAUGAUCAACGAAGUGGACGCUGAUGGUAAUGGCACCAUUGAUUUCCCAGAAUUUUUGACUAUGAUGGCUAGAAAAAUGAAAGAUACAGACAGUGAAGAAGAAAUCCGCGAGGCAUUCCGAGUCUUUGACAAGGAUGGCAAUGGUUACAUCAGUGCUGCAGAACUACGUCACGUCAUGACAAACUUAGGAGAAAAACUAACAGAUGAAGAAGUAGAUGAAAUGAUCAGAGAAGCAGAUAUUGAUGGUGAUGGACAAGUCAACUACGAAGAAUUCGUACAGAUGAUGACUGCAAAAUGAAGACCUACUUUCAACUCCUUUUUUCCCCCCUCUAGAAGAAUCAAAUUGAUCUUUUACUUACCUCUUGCAAAAAAAAAAAAAAAAAAAUUCAUUUACUCAUUCUGUUUCUAUAUAGCAAAACUGAAUGUCAAGAGUACCUUCUGUCCACACACACAAAAAAUCUGCAUGUAUUGACUGGUGGUCCUGUCCCCUAAAGAUCAAGCUACAUCAGUUUUCCGAUAUAAAUACUUGUCCUACCUUAAUGAUAAGGAAGCACUUAGUGGACACCUGGCAGGUCCGUCCGCUCAUGGUUAAUACACUGUUUGGGCUGGCCAGUUUUUCAUGCAUGCAGCUUGACAGUUGAGCACAGUCAGGCGUUUGUAUUAAAAAUGAAAAACAAAAAAACAAAUUCAAAGCCUACUCAAAGGGGUUCUAGUUCAAUUUGUUACCAUAAAUUGUCAUAGCUGGUUUACUGAAGACAGACAUUUAAGAUUGGUUUACCUCAGGAUGCUGUGGAAGAUAAACUGUCCAGGCAUAGCCCCAAUAGCAGGAUGGCCCUCUUGUAACUUCCCCAUGCCCCUACCUGUCGUGACCGUGACACACCCUGGUGGCAUGCCCACGUGUGUUGGUUUAGCAUUGUCUGCAUUGUGCUAGAGCGGAAUGGGUGUCAGGCUAUCACCAUUCAUACAAAUUUUUAAAAACAAACCUUUAUCAAGGGAGCAUCUUUGGACUCUCUGUUUUUAAAACCUUCUGAACCAUGACUUGGAGCCAGCAGAGUAGGCUGUGGCUGUGGACUUCAGCACAACCAUCAACAUUGCUGUUCAAGAAAUUACAAUUUACGUCCAUUCCAAGUUGUAAAUGCUAGUUUUUUUUUUUUUUUUUCCAAUAAAAAGACCAUUAACUUAAA